AUGACGAGCCUGGAAAAACUUGUGAGGCUAUCGUGGAAAAAGGACGACGAUCUGGCUGUGAUAGUCAAACCAGCUGGCGUCGCUGUUCAUGGAACGGGAGCAUACUCGUUGGUGGACGAAUACAGCAAGUUUUUGCAGCCAACAAGCCGCAGCCUUGAAGACGGGGCUCUGCCCAAGCCCGUGCACGCCCACCGCCUGGACGCGCCCGUGGGCGGCCUGCUCCUCGUCGCCAAGACCAAGCCCGCCUUGCAGGGGCUCGUGACCGCCUUUCUGGAGCGGCGCGUCCAGAAGACGUACCGCGCUGUUGUGAUAGGGCGGCCGGCAGAACCCGCCGGCCAGGUCCUUGCGCCCGUGGAGGGGAAGGACGCGGUCACCAGGUAUAAGGUGGUGGCGUCGGUCCCCUCGCCCGCUUUUGACGCGCUCACGUCCAUAGAAUUGAAUCCUGAGACAGGGCGAAAGCAUCAAUUGCGGCAGCACUGCCAGGCCCUAGGCACCCCAAUCCUAGGCGAUCUGAGGUACGGGCCGUCUAAUACCUUGCGGACGCGUGGCUUGUUCCUCUACUCCAUGGCCGUGAGCUUCGUGCACCCGGUGACGACGACAGCGGAGACCUUCAGGAUAGAGGUGCCUGAGAUUUUCGGGAACACCAUGAAUAUGGAGAGGAAGAAGGCGGAGCGGAUGGCUGAGGAGGAGGAGGGUGGAAGCACGGAGGAAGGGGAGGGUGCCUAA